AACAAAGAUUUUUUCUCCUGAUGCACUGCGAGGAAUAGUUGUUUGUAUUUAUAAUAGAAGUGCUAGGCAUAAAACUGCUAAAUUUGCACCGCGAUUUAAUUGAAGAAAAUCAGUUGAUCUUAGCGUUCUACUAACUAACAUUUGACCAAUGUUCUGAAAAGGUAUAACGAAAGGGAUGAUGCCGAAUUUCUAUGACAGCUCGCGCCCCACCAUGGUUCCCACCAAUUCGGCAAUUAUGGGAGCCUCUACAAAUGGUGGGGAGCAAAUUCCAAAAAAGCACCAAAUUCAAAUCCCUUUCGAUUUGGAAGCAACGCUGCAAGCAGUUGAUAACGAAGUUUUAGAAGGCGAGGAAGGGAGCUGUCCCAUUUGCAAUAAAACAUUUAGUCGUAAAACAUCACUUCUCAACCACAUACGCAAUCAUACCGCGGAGAAGAAGUACAUUUGCGAGUACUGUCAGAAAGGAUUCUCACAGCAAGCAAACCUUCGAAACCACGUUCGUAUUCACACAAAUGAGCGCCCCUAUGUCUGCAUUGAUUGCGGCAAAGCGUUUACUCAAAUCACAAAUCUAAAUAACCACAGACGAUUGCACACCGGUGAACGGCCAUAUGUUUGCAUCGAAGCAAACUGCGGUCGCUCGUUCGCUCAAGUGACCAACUUAAACAACCACAUGAAAACGCACCACAAAACCCAACAGUACGUAUGCAAUCAGUGUCCGAGACGAUUCUAUCAAGCCACUCAGUUGAACCUCCACCUAAUCUCGGAGCACAGCACUGCAAAGACCUUUUUCUGUCCCCAGUGUCCCGACAAGCGUUUCAAGUCUCAGUCACUCUUUCAGCACCAUUUGAAAAUACACGGCCCGAACUUUGGCUUCCCCUGCCCAAAGUGCGACGAGAGGUUUAUCCAAGAACCUCAUCUCAUACUGCACAUGACACAUCAGCACGGUGAUUACGCGUGCAGCAUGUGCUCGAUGACAUUCAACGAUGAAGUUUUGCUGAAAAAGCAUGUCCAAAGGCAUCUGGAUGGAAGGUAUCUGACCUGUCCCGUGCUCGGUUGCAGCGAGGGAUUCACCAUGAAAAAUCACCUCACCAAGCACAUGCAGAUGCGUCAUCCGGCUAUUGAUCUCAAGAAGGGACCCAUCACUGCGGGAGCAGUGGCACGAUCCCCGAAACAUUGCUGCCAUUACUUCAACUGCAACGAAUCGUUUGACAGUUCCGAGGGGCUUAGCAAUCAUCUCAGGACAACGCAUGGUUUACCGAUUCCAAUGCAGGAGGAUAAGAAACAGUUACAGCAUGUUGUUGCCAAUGGUGGUGGUGGUGGUGAUGGUCAAAUAUCAUCACCGUUGCAUCCGCCGCCGCAUUUGCUGGGAGCAAGCUUUCAAUCGUACCAACAGCAGAUCAUUGAAGCCCAGCAGCAGCAUCAUGCUGCCGGAAUCGAGAAGCAAAAGACUUACACGGUUUCCGAUCUUCUGAGCUUAAGCGAAGAAAUGCACCAGCACCAUCAACAGCAGCAACAGCAACAUCAACAGCAGCAACAGCAACGUGCUCAUCCCAAUGGGAAAACGGUCGAUGUCGAGCAAAACAUUGAAGACAGAGUCAACAACCUGAGUCGCAUCAAGACCGAGCUGCAGGCGAACAUGCAGAUUCAGAACCUUUUCGGCCUGACGAACUCGAUGUGCCUCAACGCGUCGUCGUUCCAACAGCAGCAGCAGCAACAUCAUCAGCAGGUGCCACCCAUAAAGCUGGUGUGCAACUUUUGCUACAACGUGUACAAGACGCCGCAAACGCUGUCGAGGCAUAUCGAAAAGUUUCAUAGUUAAUCUGGAUGAAAUGUUUCACGCCGUCGUUGCGUCGCAACACAUUCGGAACAUUAUACAAGCAAGCGGAAGAUGAUGAUACAUUUCUAUGUUGCAAACGACGAGUGAUGACGAAACUUUGCAAUAUUCGAAUCUUUCAGUUCGGAAGAAUUAUUUUUCAACAUCCGAUAAUAUCAUGAACAGGGACAAUCAGUUAUUUAUAUGGAAUUUUGGAUUAUUGGUAAAUGUUCUUGCUGAUACAGACUUGUGCAACACACCAUUCGCUUAAGUUUAUUCCAAAGUCAAUUAAACGUAAAAUCGCUCUUUUCUGAUAACCUAAAAAAAAAAACGAAACGAAAUGUUCCAAAAUGUGUUGCGACCGUU